AUGCCCAAUACUCCCCACCUGUCGACCGAUGCACCGGGCUCUUCUAGUAGGCUCGACGAAGAGAUUAUUAAGAACAAUAAAUCGCAUGCCCAAUUGAGUCAGACUGCGAGCAAUGUUCGGAUCAUCAACCAGAACUUGUUUAAUGCCACUAUCAAGAUCAAUAUCAAGACAAUUAUGAUUGUAACGAAACCAGGGGACAUGCAAUUGGUGAAGCUAACUAAUGCGUUGACCAGCUGGUUAUUAGAUAACUAUGACUACUUGGUGGUAUAUGUCGACAGCCAUCUUCAAAAGCUGGUGAAAGUAAACAUUCCAAAUAAUAAUUUAGAUGCUACAAGAGGUCAGGCACUAAAUAGUUUGGAUAGUAAUGACAACCACAAGAAGGAACAAAUGUUGGGAAGGUUGAAGUUUUGGAGUCAACGAAAUUUUGAAAAUGAUGAAAAUUAUUGUGAUUUAUUUGAUUUGGUGAUAACUCUUGGAGGAGACGGAACAGUGUUAUUUGUUUCCCAAUUAUUUCAAACAGUGGUACCUCCAAUUAUUGCAUUUUCGCUUGGUUCCCUUGGUUUCCUAACAAACUUUAAAUUCAAAAAUUAUCAGAGAAUCCUCACCAAGAUCCUCAGGCUAAAAUACGUAAAAACCAAUUUAAGACUUCGGUUAUCUUGUGAAAUUGUCCAUGCUAAAACCAAUAAUGUGGUUAUGUCAAGAAAUAUUUUGAACGAAAUCACAAUUGACCGAGGCUCCAAUCCAUUCCUUACUAACUUGGCUUUGUACGGUGAUGAUUCCUUAAUCACUGUGGCCCAAGCCGAUGGGUUAUGUAUUGCUACUCCCACAGGCUCAACCGCCUAUUCUUUGGCUGCUGGGGGAUCAUUAGUCCAUUCAUCGGUGUCGGCUAUUAGUGUUACACCAAUUUGCCCCCAUACUCUUUCAUUUCGACCAAUCAUUUUACCUGAUAGUAUGGAGUUGAAGGUGGUUAUCCCAAGAGGCUCAAGGUGUGAAACAUCAUGGGCUUCGUUUGAUGGGAAAUCAAGAUUCAAAUUGAACAAGGAUUACUAUGUGGUCAUCCGAGCCUCGAAGUAUUAUUUUCCGACCGUGAUGAAUGGUAAUAAUGAAUAUUUUGAAAGUGUUAGCAAAAACUUGAAUUGGAAUAGUAGGAAGUUGCAAAAGCCGUUGAGAUUUGUUGAUAACUACAAUAACAGUGAUGACGAAAGACUUGGUAGCCUAAGCGAUGUGGAAGGGGAAUCCGUGAUCAUCACAGAUGAUGAUUUUGAAGAGACUGACACUGAUGAUAAUUCUGACGGUUAUGGUACUGCUAGCUUUUAUCAACAAAAUGAAAUCAGUAGUGACGAUGAUGACUACAUUGAAACUCCCACUAUUCCUUUCCAUUAUAUUAAUGAAGCCUUGGAAAUAUUUAGUGAUGAAGAGCAUGAUAAGCCAUCGAACAGUUCAAGACAAUCCUUGAACCUUGAUUCACGAAGAUCUAUUUCUAACCACAGCUCCAGAAAGAUUCGUACCAACUCUUUUACCAAUUUCAAUCAAAUUUAUAGGGAGAAGCUUCAUUUAGAUACUUCAAGUGUCUCCAAUAAAUUGCAUAAUCUCAAGAUUAAUAGCGGAAGUUCUUUAAGUAUCGGAAGAUCAAGGAGCCGAAACAAUAGUGCUGUGGUUAGUCCAGAGUCUAUUCAAAUGGGUGCUAUCAGAACUCAACUAUUGUCACCUUCUCAAAGAUCAUCCGGAAACAACAAACUUCUUGGAAAUCCGCCACUGAUUGCUGGUGCCGCUAGUGCUUCUACCAAUGAUGUUUCAAAAAUUCUGAAUGCUGCUAAUUCCAGCUCUGACGUUGCUACCGACAUUACUACUGGCAAACAAAAAGAAGGGGAGCCAAUCAAACAAUCCCCUUCUCAUUCGACAAAUAUCGCAUUUGAGGUCUAA